AUGGAUACCGCCGAUUGCAUCAGUACAUUUUUCAAUGAUAUUAAGGAAAUAAAAGCGUCUAGUCCUAAUCGCAUCCAGUCGUCAUCGUCACCAAACAAAUCGUUAGAAGCUUCACAGGAUCUGAGCCAAAUAUCGGUAGAAUCAGACGAACUCAGCCUAUCACAACUAACAAUAGAAGAGCCAGAAAGAAUAGAAAUCAAACCUUUUUACAACAUCACGCCUAGAUCUAUGCCGGUGUCACCGCACUAUGUAGUAGAAGAGGAAUUUUCUUCUAACCCGUGGGCAAUGUUAAUAGCAACGAUCUUUUUGACAAAAACUUCAGGUAAAAUCGCAAGGCCCUAUAUGAAAAGCUUUUUCGAAGAAUACCCAACCCCUUAUCACGUCUUAAACGACGCUCCAGUCUCUUUAGAAAGAUUUUUCGAUAAACUGGGUUUAAGAAAAAGAGGUCAUAUGAUAUGGAAGCUCAGUUAUCAGUUUGUUACUUCAAAAUGGCGUCGGGCGAGUGACUUGAACGGCAUUGGAAAAUACGGAGAAGAUGCGUAUCGUAUUUUCUGUUUAGGUCACACUGAUAUAGACCCUAACGAUAGAUACUUAAAGUUAUAUUUAGAUUGGUUGCGAAGUCACACUGAGUUUUUAGAAGAGAAUGGAGCGAUGGACAGCGAAUACCUUAUAGAAGACCCAGUUAUGAAGUAUUAUCGAAUUUCAUUGUGA